CCACUGCGUGACGUCAGCUGCACAGGUGCAUGCGGUAACUAUAAAAUAAUAUGUAUGUUGGAAACCAUGGCAAUGUAAACAUGCACCGUGAUAUUAAUUCAUACUGUACAUUAUUUGUAUACAGUAGAACAAAGUAGUUACCUCUAUGCCUGCGAGAAGGUAACAAACGAAUCUGUCAACAAUAGAUAAAGAAAAUAUUUUACAGACACAUUUGGCAGUAUGGGAGGAGUUAAGAAAAAAGCAAAAACAGGAAAAAACACCAAAGGUGUAACAAAUAUCAUAGAUGGCGUAUCGAUAUCAGAAAUGUCACGCGAACAACUGGAGCCGUUUAUUAUACGAAUUCAAUCGGAAUUGGAAAGAGAAAGAGAAGAAAGACACUUCUUUCAACUUGAAAGGGAUAAGAUUCGGACAUUUUGGGAAAUUGCUAGGCAACAACUGCAAGAAUAUCGAUCCAACUUGAGGAACAGAGAUAAGCAGUUGGAAAAUUUGGAAGCCGGACAUGAAAUAGAAUUGAAAGGAUAUCAACAAAAAAUCAAAUAUUUAUCCCACGGUCAGCACGGACAACUGUCCGAAUUGAAAGUAGAAAAUAUGUUAUCGAUGAAAGGCGUCGAACAAGACAUGGCUUCUCGAGAACUAUUGUUAUUAAAUCAAGAGCGAGAAUUAAAAAUGCAAAUCACCGAUCAACGUAGAAGGCAUAAAAGCGAAUUGCGCACGUUAUUUUUGGAAAAAAAUGCGCAAUUGUCGAAAAUGCGUUUCGAAAGCGAAAGAAAACGCCGAGCAUUCGAGCACAAGUACCAAUGUUAUUUACAACAAAGUCGAGAUGAAAUGCGAUUGAAAAACGACAUGUCCAGCGCGAAAAUCGAACAAGGAAAGAACAUCAUGGUCAAACGUCUUGCCAGCACUCAUCAAGGCAUUUGCCAACGAGCUGAUCAAUUUUUUACCGAUAUUAUUGCCCAAAAUUUAGCUUUAAUUUGCGUACUAAAGCGCCACGUUUCAAAGUUGAACGAAGAAAACGUGCAAAUGAAAAAUGAACUUUGUGACGUGAAAAGAAAAAACUCGGAAUUGGUCACGCCGUUGAAAAUUGCUAACCGAAAAAUAAUAGAAUAUCAAAGCCAACUGAACGUUGGGCGAAGAGAUACACAAAAAUAUCAGACUGUUGAAAAGCAAGCAAAAAUGUUACGAGAAGAAAAUGAAAAAUACAAAAUUCGUUAUCAAUGCCUGGCCAAUCUUUUUGAACAGGCUGUAAAUGAAAGAGACUCAACAAUCGAGGCUCUAACUACCACUCGGCUGCAUUCAGAUAAAGGGACAGCGUAUCGCGAAUUGAUAGUACAACGAGCCGCUGCCAAACUGAAAACAGCAACGCAAUCGGUCCAAAACAUACUACUUCGAUUUUGCUCCACAGCAGUCGCUGAUACUCAUUUGCAGACAUCGCCAUCUCCACUACUAAUACCAACGGAAUCACAUUUGUCACGUCAUCAUCAACGACGUCAUAUUACAAUGACCAAUAUUCGCUACGUAAAUAAAGGCUCAGACUCGACCAGUUAUGAGAAUGAAAAUCAAAAGCUGAUUUCGUUGAUGGAAGAAUUGCACGCCUUGGGUAUGGAACAACAACCCAUCGUAUUCGGUUCGGAUGCUGGUUCGACUACGACUGCGUGAUAAAGACUAGAGUAGAAAAGAAGCGAAUGGUUUGAUUCAACCGAAGAACGCCAACGUUAUUAGAUAUGGCUUUAAAAUUAUUUUGGAAUAAAAAUUUUACUGAUUUUUUUCAAAGAUUAGUUUAGGAAUUAAGAUACAAGUACAGAAUGCAAUCUCUAUAGAAUGAGCCGAGUCGAGUGCAUGUGAAAGUAGGUAAUUGAUUUUUUUUUACGAAUUAUUAGAAUAAAUGUGCUCCAUUGUUGGAAA